AUGGGAAGACCUCGGAAGAAUCAUGCCAAAACUUCUGGAAAACAAUCAAAAACGAAAGAUGAUGAUCUCUCUAGACCAGUUACACGCGCAAUUUCAAAGAAUUCUCAAGCUUCUCCAAUGGUGGAAGAUGACGCCAUUUCUGUGGAAUCAAGUUUGGACCCAGUUGACCCGCAACUAUUUGAUCCCGAAAUUCUUACUCCUAAAUCUUCAUUAGCAGCAUUACAGGUUCGUUCUCAGGUCUUAAAUGGGAAUGCUCAAUUCUUUGAUAAGAAACCCCUCAUUGUUAAACCUUGGUCAGCUGAGGUGAAUUAUGCUAAGGACCCAGUGAAACAGGUGCCAAUCUGGAUUAAGUUGCCUGGUUUAGAUGUGAAAUACUGGGGGGAACAGAGUAUUUUUAAGAUAGUUGGUCAAGUGGGGAAAACAAUUAGAGUUGAUCAGGCUACAAAAAAUAGGGACAAAUUGAUGUUUGCAAAGGUGUUGGUUGAGAAACCACCACAGAGGAAGGAAUGGAGACCUAAAACUGUCCAACAAGUGAAGGAACCUUCACUAAUUCCAACUGGUGGGGUGCAGCCAGCUGUUGGAGAAGUCCAGGUUCCUGCAGUGGGACACAUGGUGGGGAGUGGGAGGGAUAAAGAUGGUUUUGUCCAAGCUACCUCCUUCAGUAGACAACAUGGGCAACAACUCAGGCCUGUAAUUACAAAGAACAGUUUCCAUGCUCUCAACUUUGAAAAAACCGAUGGAUUUGAUCCUGUAGGGGAUGUAGCUGGUCUGUUGGAUCAGGGUCAACUCAUUCACUGCUUCAUCACUACAAGAAGCACAGGUGUGGGGUUUCUUAGUACCUUCAUCUAUGGCAUGAAUACUAAGGAGGAUAGAGUGCCUUUAUGGAACUCUCUCACUCAGAUUUCAGACAACUGUACCCAACCAUGGAUCAUCAUGGGGGAUUUUAAUGCUCUGAUGGAUGUUGAGGAUAGAGUCGGUGCCCCUGUCAGAAUUAGGGAAAUCCAAGCUAUGAGAGCUUGUAUGACUCACUGCAACCUGUCCACCAUCAAAACAGUGGGGAGACAGUUUACUUGGAAUAACAAACAAGUGGGGGAGGACAGGGUGCUGUAUAGAAUUGAUAGAGUGUUGGCUAAUGCUAGCUGGUCUGACAUGUUUCCUGAUGUAGAGGCUAAUUUCUUACCAGAAGGCCUAUUUGAUCAUAGCCCUAUGAUUCUCAAGGGAUAUAGAAGAACCAAUUCCAAGAAACCUUUCAGAUUACAACAAAGGCUGAAAUGGCUCAAAGUUGAGCUGAAAUCUCUGAGUAAAGCUGGAUUUAGCAAUGUAGAAGCUGAAGAUGUGAAAACUUAUGCAGUCCUAUUAGAAAAAAAGCUAUUCUCCACCAACUCCCUGCAGAAUGCUAAACUUCAAUGGCUGGAAAAGGGAGAUGAAAACACCAAAUGGUUUCAUCAUAGUAUCAAGCACAAGAGACAACAGAACUCAAUUCAUUCAAUCCAUGAUAUGAAUGGGAACUGGAUAGAUACCCCUGAUGGAGUUAAAAGGGCUUUUACUCAAUUCUAUGCAGCUUUGUUUUGCAACAAGAUGCAUCAGAGAACUCCUGUGAACUCUUUGAUUAUGGAUAGGGGGCCAAGGCUAACUGAUGCUCAUAGAAGCCUGUUGGUAUGCAAUUUCACCCUAGAAGAGAUCAAAAGUGCUUUAUGGUCAAUUCCUGAUCACAAAGCACCUGGCAUGGAUGGCUACAACAACCACUUCUUCAAAUCUGCUUGGCACAUCAUUAAGAAUGACCUGCAUAAUGCUAUCAAUGAUUUCUUCACUACUGGAAAAAUCCUCAAAGAAAUCAAUGUAACUUCUAUCACUUUGAUCCCAAAGAUUUAUGUUCCUGCUUCAAUGAGUGAUUUUAGACCCAUUGCUUGUUGCAAUGUUAUUUAUAAAUGCAUCACUAAACUCAUCUGCAGCAGGCUUAGCAAGGUCUUCCCUGCAAUUGUCUCUCCUAAUCAAGGAGCCUUUGUUACUGGAAGAUCCAUUCUCCACAAUGUCCUCAUUUGCCAGGAUUUGAUCAAAAUGUACAAUCAAUCUCAAACAUGUCCAUGCUGCUUGUUGAAAGAGGACAUCAGAAAAGCUUAUGACACAGUUGAAUGGGGCUUUAUUGAAGAAGUUAUGUUGGAGUUAGGGUUUCCCCCCUUUUUUGUUCAGCUCAUCAUGACUUGUUUGUCAACCACAAGGUACUCAAUUUUCAUCAAUGGUGAGCCUACUGAGCUAAUCCAACCCCAUAGAGGUUUGAGACAAGGUGACCCUUUGUCCCCUUUACUUUUCACUCUGUGUAUGAACUAUUUCUCUAGGUCCAUGAAAGCAGUGGGUGAAUAUCCCCAGUUCAGAUUUCACACUAGAUGCAGAACACUUCAGUUAAAUCAUCUGUGCUUUGCUGAUGAUUUACUAAUGUUCUGUAAGGGUGAGCUUCACUCAGUUGCCUUGCUGCUUGAGGGGUUCAAAAUAUUCUCAGAUACCACUGGUCUGCAGGCAAACCCUAGUAAAUCCUCAGUUUAUUGUUGUGGAAUUGAGGAGCACACUAAACUGAAUAUUGGCACAAUCAAUGGUUUCACCUUUGGUACUCUUCCUUUUAGGUACCUUGGUGUUCCAAUUAGCACCAGGAAGCUCCAAGCUGGUGAAUGUGAUCUCCUAGUGGACAAAAUGGUGUCUAGAAUUAAAAUCUGGAGCUCUAGACAUUUAUCCUUUGCAGGAAGAACCCACAGGCCUGGUCCUAUCUCUUGGAACAAUCUUUGUGGUUCAAAAACUCAAGGUGGGCUAGGUUUUAGGAAUCUGGCUUGGUGGAACCAAGCUGCAGUUGGGAAACUGGCAUGGGCUAUUUCUCAAAAACAGGAUAACCUAUGGGUUAAGUGGGUGCAUGCUAUUUAUGUUAAGCAAAAAGAUUGGCUGGUGUAUAGACCCUCUAUGGCUGCAAGUUGGGCUAUAAAGUACAUUUGCAAGGUAAAGCAGGACUGCUCAAAUAAACUUCAUUCCACUAGCUGGUUAACUGAUCAGAAGUAUUCUAUUGGGGUCAUUUAUCAACAGCUGUGUGAUAUGACUCCAAAGUGGUUGGGGUUUCACAACUCUAGAACUCAUCUGUCUGUUUUGCUGAAAUGGCUCCACAAGUACUGUAAGAAUCCAUUCAAAAGGAGAGUUGCUUAUGCUGCAGUGGCCAGCAUUGUGUAUCAGAUAUGGAGAGCAAGAAAUCUGGCUAUUUGGGAACAGACAGUUCCUUCUAUUGCCAACACUGUGAAAUGCAUUUAG